UAUAUAUUGGGCGACCCGGCUGGUUGCCUCGUGCAGUUUUGUGGCGGUGGUGUUGUUUGCACAGGGAGAGAGCGAGUGCGCUAUGGGUAGGACUGGCUCUUGGGCUAGAGCACAGAAAAGUUAACAACAAGUUAUAGAGGCUCGCUCAAGUCUGCAGAUCUCGCGAAAAACAGUCUCGACGUCUUUCUAUCUUCACUACCCAGUACAUUUUCAAGAUGCAGUGCAGUCCGAGACUAUUAAUUUGCCUCGCUCUCCUGCUGUUGGCGGCAAUCGCGGAAUCUCACGGAAUGGUUCUGACGGAAAAGGAGAAAAGAGGAUGGACACUGAACAGUGCAGGAUAUCUGCUGGGUCCCACAGCUAUGGAUCAGCAUCGAACUCUCAACGGUUUGGCUGGCAAGCGUGCGGCCUUUGAGGAAACCUUCAAUACAUUCGGACAAAAGCCAUUGCGGGUGUCAACAGAAGAUGUGCUGCGUGCCAUCAUCGACUACCUUAAUUACAUGCACAUGAAAGAAGCAAGAGGACUGAGCACGAUGCCAGAAGACUUCUUCGAAGAUCUCCCGCGGCAGCCCUGAUCCCAAAACGCCGCCUGUGUUCGUCCCAUCUAAGCACCGAGUGUAUAAUAAGCUAAGACUUAUAUAUGGUUCCAGCGUAUUAAUAAGUGUCUCAUUACCCUAGCUGCCGUUUGUGCUCUCAAAAAAAAUGCAUACUUCUUACCAUUCGUCUGUGUGUCGUGUACCAGAUGUAUUCAGUCGGACGCUGGUGUCUGUGUCGCUGAGCACGAUAUUGUUACGCUUAGCUCGCCACGAUCCCGUGUAAGAAUGCACGUCCAAGUAAACAUGUAGUUGUGGAGUUUAA